CGCCGCUGCCCCCGCCGCCGCUGACUGACGGAGCAGGGGGCGCCGCCCGCGCCCGGGACCGACCCCGCGAGCUCGCGGCCGCGCCUCUGAGCUCUCUAUCAAUAUCAGCUUACAUCGUUGAAAGGAUAAUUUGGAAGACAUGUUUUGCUGAAAGGACAACUGAGAAAAAUUUUACGAAUGGGAUGAACACGCGCCAGUUAACAGACUACCUACUGCAAUUUGAAUGUUAACAAUUACCCACCUGGUACAGUUAACCUAGUGAUGUACCUAUUCUCACAAUACCCUAUUUCAGUGUGCUUGUCUUGAUUAAAGAAUUCAAAGUGGAGUACCGCAAACUUGAUAUGGAUAAUAAAAAGAAAGACAAGGACAAAUCAGAUGAUAGAAUGGCACGACCUAGUGGUCGGUCGGGACACAAUACUCGAGGAACUGGGUCUUCAUCUUCUGGAGUUUUAAUGGUUGGACCUAACUUUAGAGUUGGAAAAAAAAUUGGAUGUGGCAAUUUUGGAGAAUUACGAUUAGGGAAAAAUUUAUAUACAAAUGAAUAUGUGGCAAUUAAACUGGAGCCCAUGAAAUCCAGAGCACCACAGCUACAUUUGGAAUACAGAUUCUACAAGCAGCUAGGAUCUGGAGAUGGUAUACCUCAAGUUUACUAUUUUGGCCCGUGUGGUAAAUACAACGCCAUGGUGCUCGAACUGCUCGGACCUAGUUUGGAAGAUUUGUUUGACCUGUGUGACAGGACGUUUUCUCUGAAGACGGUUCUCAUGAUCGCUAUCCAGCUGAUUUCUCGCAUGGAAUAUGUCCAUUCAAAGAACUUGAUAUACAGAGAUGUAAAACCUGAGAACUUCUUAAUAGGACGACCAGGAAACAAAACCCAGCAAGUUAUUCAUAUUAUAGAUUUUGGUUUGGCAAAGGAAUAUAUCGAUCCAGAGACAAAGAAACACAUACCAUACAGAGAACACAAGAGCCUUACAGGAACAGCUAGAUAUAUGAGCAUAAACACACAUUUAGGAAAAGAACAAAGUAGAAGAGAUGACUUAGAAGCUUUAGGUCAUAUGUUCAUGUAUUUUCUGAGGGGCAGUCUUCCUUGGCAAGGUUUAAAGGCUGACACAUUAAAAGAGAGGUAUCAGAAAAUUGGAGAUACAAAACGAGCCACACCAAUAGAAGUGCUGUGUGAAAAUUUUCCAGAAGAAAUGGCAACAUAUCUUCGUUAUGUAAGAAGGCUAGAUUUUUUUGAAAAACCAGAUUAUGACUACCUAAGAAAACUUUUUACUGACUUAUUUGAUCGAAAAGGAUAUAUGUUUGAUUAUGAAUAUGACUGGAUUGGUAAACAGUUGCCUACUCCAGUGGGCGCCGUUCAGCAGGAUCCUGCUCUGUCCUCAAACAGAGAAGCACAUCAACACAGAGACAAGAUGCAACAAUCCAAAAAUCAGUCGGCAGACCACAGGGCAGCUUGGGACUCCCAGCAGGCAAAUCCCCACCAUUUGAGAGCUCACCUUGCAGCAGACAGACAUGGUGGCUCGGUACAGGUUGUAAGUUCGACAAAUGGAGAGUUAAACACAGAUGACCCCACCGCAGGACGUUCAAAUGCACCCAUCACAGCCCCUACGGAAGUAGAAGUGAUGGAUGAAACCAACUGCCAGAAAGUGUUGAACAUGUGGUGCUGCUGUUUUUUCAAACGAAGGAAAAGGAAAACCAUACAGCGCCACAAAUGACUCUGGACACAGACAGAUCAUGGGGAGUUACUUACGUGUUCAUCUGCUGUCUUGUGAUUAAAAAUCAUCUCCGUAGUGACCACAUACAUUUUCGAGGACUCACUCGUAGAAACAAAAAUGUCAUACAUACUUUCAUACUUCAUUUUGUGGUUGUCUUACAUUCAUAUUUUUUUCUAAUUUAACUUUUAUGGAAGCUUUAAAGUUUUGUCGAAACAUGAGUGCUUUGCCCGUCGAUGAACGGAAUGGACCAAUGAGGUGGUGUCGAUGAAUACCGUUCUAAGGACAUUUUUCAGAAGCUCUCCUCCUGUUGUAGAAAAAGCAGUACAGUAUCUUCAGUGUCAGCCAGUUAUAUACCUGAUCUGGUUUUUGAUAACUUCUGUAAGAGCAUAAUCAAACAGGAAUGUCCCUCCUCCCCCACCGCCCCCCUCCC